CAAACGAAAUUCUUCUUGCUACGAAACGCCAAGACAUGUAGCAAAUUACCGAUAAGCUAGACAACCUUGCUUUUCAACUUGAUUCCCACUGUAUAACAAACCGGUUCUUGCUGGAUCAGAUGUUUACGACCAAAAACCAGUUUCGGCAUCGCCAUCGGAAGAUUUGUUUUUGUUUUCGAUUCGCGUUUGCGGACGUAAUUAAGUUGUUCUUCUAUCGUUAACACAUUUCACUUCAGUUGAGCCCGCAAACUCUUGCUGGCCACGGUGGAGUUCUCUUUAUUGUGUAAUUUAAAAAGCAAAGCAGAGAUGAUUUGGCUCAUCCUUGUGACUUUGUGCAUACGGACGGCUUCCAGCGCAACGGAAAUGUUCCCCAACGAACGAACCUCUUUGGAUGAUUGCCGACUUCGCUUCUACCGCAUCGAACCGUAUUCUGCCGCGGCUCCAGCCAGCGGGAAGCCCACCCGAAUCCGGGAGUUUCCGCACAUGGCAGCGAUCGGUUGGACCGAACCGGACGGCUCUAUCCAGUGGAAGUGCGGCGGAUCGCUCAUUUGGGACAACUUCGUCCUGACGGCUACCCACUGUGUGCUGGAUUCGCGCAGUAUUGCUCCGGACGUGGUGCGGCUGGGAGACAUUGACCUGUACAGCGCGGAUGACGACGAGUGGGCGCAGCAGUUCCGGAUUGUGAAGAUUGUGAGGCAUCCGGAGCAUAGGUUUACGGCGAGUUACAAUGAUAUUGCGCUGCUAAAGCUGGACCGCAAUGUGGUUGAGGACGGUACGGUGAUACCGGCUUGCCUGUGGAGGGAUGAAGAGGUGAGGUUCAAGGAGCUUGUGGCUACCGGUUGGGGUCGGACCGGAGUUGGGGCGGAUUUCACUCCCAAGCUACUACAAGUAUCGUUGAAGCCGAUUUCAAAUGAAGAGUGCAGCAAGAUUUAUCCUUACGAUCGGAAGCUCAGGCAAGGUCUUCAGAGUCAACAUCUAUGUGCGCGCGAUGAAAUUAUGGACACCUGCGAGGGUGAUUCCGGAGGUCCACUGCAGUUCAAGCUGAUGCAUAACGGUCGAAUGACGCCGUUCAUCAUUGGCGUUACGUCGUUUGGGUCAGCUUGCGGAGUUUCCCUUCCGGGAGUCUACGCGAGAGUUUCAACAUACUUCGACUGGAUAGUCGAUACUAUGCGACAGCAUGAGGCGGUUGGACUUGAAGCAAACUACAACGAAACGUUCUGUGCCUUGCGGUAUGUAACUUUCCGCGAGUACGAUAAGCAGGUAGGCAAAACAAUAGAUGGGAAUUACACUAGUAAAGAUUUGACCAAAUUGAGGAUCUACGCGGAAGACCUUCCUCGACAAUUGGCCAGGAUUCGUUGGAACGGACAAGGACCGAACUGCUUCGGUGUGAUUGUCGACGAAAACACGGUGUUGACCGUGGCUGAUUGUACCACUUUUAAUGGGAAGUCACCGACCUUCGUCACCUAUCUGAACAACAAGGUUGCGACCAUCUCGAAGAUCGUUGUGCACCCGGAACACGCGCGUGGCUCCGCCUACAACAACAUUGCUAUUUUGAAGUUGAGCAACCUUUUAGAUCUACCGUUGGACUUUCGACCUUCCUGUAUCUGGCACAGCUUGGACUACGAAGGUCUCAUCUACGCGUACGGCAAGGGUCGUCGCGACAUCAACCGCUUCAUAGACUACGGAGAGGGAAGCUUCUUAGACCCUAGACAGUUCAAUCACCUGAUUCAAUCUCACAUUAUGGAUGCAAGCAGCUGUAUAGUUUCGGAACGGUUUCUUCCCCGUAUGACCAAAGGACCUGGCCGAGACCAUUUGUGCGUGGGUAAUGACGUCUUUUUGGUACCCGGAUCAUGCGAGCAGCUAACGGGUAGCAUGCUCGGGAAACCCUCCGGAUUCUUCUACAACACCGUUGCUUUAACCUUACUUAGCAGGGACUGCGGCUUUGGUGAGCAUUUGAUCAGCACCCGACUUUACAGCCAUGUCGACUGGAUGAAGUCGGUGCUGCUGCCAAACUUCCGAGAUUUUAGUGCGGUACACUAUGUUGAUGCAGACCUUCAGGAGGGUAGUAGCUGUACGCUGGGCAGUGGACUCACCGGACUAUGUGUUUCGGCAGAUCGAUGUACGGGACAGCUCAAGCAGUCCCAAGGACGAAUCACGUUCUGUUCCAGCGGAUCUGUUAUUUGUUGUUCCCCACAAAACAUCGGUGGAAAUAGUCGGAUUCAUCAAGAUAUUCUAGGCUGUCCUGAAUUAGUCCCGAAACUUGCUGGAGAGACUUCGAAUGGAUCGCUGACAAGAAUCGGCUGGCUCGCAAAUGGAACUCCUCAAUUCCACUGCAUGGGAUCAGUGGUUAGCCGUUCAUCUGUCCUUACAACGGCAAGCUGCUUAGGAGACAGCCAACCUAGCAUUGUCCAACUGACAGAGUCUGGAUCCCAGCAUGAAGUGGAUAGAGUUUUGAAACAUCCCGGAUUCAACGUCACUGACCGCACCAAUGACAUUGCACUGAUUCGGCUGAAGAAUCCGCUUACUUGGACCUCGUCCGUGGUUCCAAUCUGCCUCUGGACGAACGCUACCCACACACCGAUCGAGCUGGACAUCAACUAUCCCUCGGAAAACUCUUACUACACGCCCAAAAAGCACCACCCGAUGUACGGCUCGGACUGUCAACGGACGCAUCCACACGUGAUCAGAGACUCUCAGCUGUGCACGCGAAGUCCCUACGAAAGUGCCGUGUGCGUGACUUCCGGAGAUCAGCUGAUAUGGGCGGAUGAAGAUGCAAAGGUUCGAUACUUGGUCGGACUGUCCACAAACUCGUGCGAACAAGUCAAGUGGAAAUAUUCCGUUUUCACAAGGAUUUCAUCUUAUUUAGCGUGGAUCAGUGAAACUGCAUUUUAAAUUAUUUUGUGCAAAUUAAACCUUAUACAUUCCUCAAACAUCUCGCGCCAUUUUAAUUCCCGUAACGAGUCCAUUCUCCUCCCAAAACAUCACAAAAAUAAACAACUUAUCACUUCAAAAAGGAUGGCUCAA